AUGCGGCCACUUCUCAACUCAGCGGCAGACGCCAUCGGCUGCACACCUCUCGUGCGUCUCGACCGCAUUACGUCCUCUCUCGGACUCGACGGAACUAUCGUUGCCAAACUCGACUAUUUAAAUCCUGGAGGAUCGAAAAAAGACCGUGUCGCGUUCGGCAUCAUCGAAGAAGCAGAGAGGCUGGGCACACUCAAGCCCGGGCAAGCGGUCGUCGAGCUCACGAGUGGCAACACAGGAACUGGCCUCUCGAUCGUCUGCGCAAUCAAAGGCUACAGAUUCAUCGCCGUCAUGUCUAAAGGGAACUCCAUCGAACGUGCUCGCAUGAUGGCGGCUUUGGGCGCUGAGGUCGUGCUCGUUGACCAAAUGCCCGGCUCCAUCCCUGGACAGGUUUCAGGACCGGACCUCAGACUUGUGGAAGAAAAGGCGAAGCAAAUCGAAAUCGAGCUCGGGGCCUUCCGUGCUGACCAGUUCACACGCGAUGGGAACUGGUUGGCUCACUACGACGGGACUGGCACGGAACUUUGGGAACAGACCAACGGCAAUCUUGAUGGAUUCGUUGAUUACGUCGGCUCGGGGGGCACGUAUGCUGGUGUGACAAAACGGCUAAAGGCAUUAAACCCAUCAAGCAAAUGCUUCAUCGUCGAGCCUCAGGGGGCAGCUGUCUUGGCUAAGCAGCCGGUCUCACAAGCAGAACAUCCCAUUCAGGGAGGAGGCUACGUGAUGCCUGAUCUGGUCUACUUGAAGGAUGUACCUGUUGAUGGCUACAUCCAGGUCACUGGCGAUCAAGCAAAGCAAGGCGCCCGGCUUUUAGCGAAAAAGGAGGGGAUUUUCGGGGGUUUCUCCAGUGGCGCAAACGUAAGCGCAGCCAUCGAAUUGCUGAAGGGGCCAAUGAAAGGGAAGACGAUUGCAAUCAUGAUCUGUGAUUCAGGCCUGAAGUAUCUAUCGACUGACCUUUGGGCUGAGACGUUGGAAAAUUGA